AUGGAGAAAGAAGAGUUUUAUAGAAAAUAUGAAGAAUACUAUGGAGGAGACAUAAAUGAGAUUCCUUAUUUAUUGGAAGGGAAAGAUAUAUGGUUAUAUGAUUUGUAUUUAAGUGUUUUGAAACAUGGUGGGUAUUCGUGUGUAAGUAGAAAUGCGAAAUGGUUGAAGAUUGGAAAAGAGUUUGGACUUAUAAAUAAAGAAAAGAAUAUUAGAUUGAUAGAAAUAAAAAAUAUUAAAGAGUAUUAUUUAAAUUAUCUUAGAGAGUUUGAAAGAAUACAUGAUAAUUUAAAAAAAGGGAAAGUAUUAACAAAAAAAUAUCGAUGUCGUAUUGGAAUAAAUAAUGUUGAUGUAAAAAAUAAAAAAAAAUCAGUAACAAAUAGUAAUGGAAAUAAUGUAGGAAUAUCUUCUAAAGGGAGCAAUAAUAAAAGGGUUGUCCAAAAUAAUGGAAAAGGUGAUACAAAUGUGAUAAUUGAUGAUAAUCGUUUUAUUGGAAUGAAUAAAGAUUCUUUUUUUGUUAAGGGUUCAGGGUUUAGGGUAGAAAACCGUCCAUCUAUUGGGAAAAAAAAAAUGAAUAUAGAAAAUGGAAUGUCUAAUUUUAAUUACUCUACUAAUAAUAGCCAUAAUAACAAUAUGGAGAUAAACUGUAAAACAAAAAAAGAAAUAUAUCAUGAUAGUUAUACUAAAGAACGUCGAAAAAGUGAAGGGAAAUAUAAGAAAGGAUACAGAGACAAUAUAUUUAGAAAUUACAACAACAUUGGAGGAGAAAUGAAUGAGAGUAAUAAUUUCAUUGAUAAUGUAAAUGAUAAUAACAAUGAUAUUAUUCGAAGGAAUGAGAUUGGUAAGAUUCAAAAUAAUGAACGAAGAGGUAGAUCUAGUAAUGAUACAAAAAUGAGAAAAGGAAAAACAAAUAGUAAUAAAAAAAGCAAUAAUAAAGAAAUAGAUGAUCAAAUAAGUUGUAGUGAAAAUUUUGUGAAUAUAAAUAAUAUGUCUUGUUAUAAUUAUCCAUAUAAUACGAUAAAUAAUUACUCAAAUAACUAUUCAAAUAGUUACUUAAAUAAUUAUUCAAAUAAUUUAAAUUGUAUGAAUUAUGGUGACAAUAGAUAUAUAGGAGAUAGCGAUUACAACAAUAAUAUAUAUUCUUCCAAUUAUAGUAACACUUAUAUUUUUAAUAGUCCUAUAAAAAAUGAAAAUAAUAUGAAUAAAUGUGAAAAUAAUAAUUAUAUAGGAAUACCCUAUAUUAAUAAUAAUUUUGUUGAUAGUAACUGUUCUACACUCAAGUUACUGAAUGAAAAUAAUUAUAGUGAAUAUAAUGGUUCUCCAAUUACUAGCAUAGGAAAUAUGACUUCCCCAGCAAGCAUGGGGUAUAUGAACUAUGCAUUUAUAAAUGAUAAUUCAUUUAUAGAAUAUUCGAAAAAUAAUAAUAUGAUUAAUAAUUACAACAAUUGGAAUGGUGGAAUUUUAAAUAAUAAUGGUUAUGUUGAUAAUAUUGUAAAUUACAUGAACAAUGAAAAUUGUGAAAAUAAUUUAAAUGGUUUGAAAAAUGGUAUGAAUACAGUUUAUGGGGAAGGAGAAAAUAUUUUGAAUGAUAUAAGAGGGAUAAAUAACUAUAGAUAUGAUUACGAAAAUAAUAAAGAUAUAAUUUUGUCUAAAAUUGAAAAUGAUAAAUGUAUAGAUAUAUAUAGAUUAUUAUUGGGAUUAUAUAAAAGAAAAGAAAAUGUUGGAGAUUUUAUAUUAUGUUUAAAUAUAUUUUAUUCUAUAUCAAAAAUGGAAAAUAUCAUUUCAAAAAAACAGAUUCAUAUUGUUAUAUGGUCACUUUUACAUGUGUUAGAGGAUAUACUUAAAAUAUUUUAUGACGGCUUUAAUAGUAAAAAACGAUCAGUAUAUAUCUUGAUGAAUUUUUUUAAAGAUUACUUAAUAAAAAAUGAACCUAUUGAAAAAAGAGAAAGAUACAUAAUUUCAAAUAUGGAAAGUGAUAGUAGUCAGUAUAUUUGGGGUCAAACGCUGAAAGACAAUUCUAAAAUGGAAAAUCCAAAGGAGACCAACAUUGAAGACAAUAAUUAUGAAUCAGAGAUUUAUUCUGAUUAUGACACAGAAAAGAGAAAUGAAAAAGAGUCUAGAUCGAAUAAUAUCCAGAUUUUAUCAAAUGUAUUAUUUUUAAAUAAUAAAAUAGAAAUAAGGGAGAUGCUCGAUUUGCAUUUAUCUUACUAUGAAUAUUGUGUCGAAAAAAAAAAGAAAAUUAAGCAAAUGUACGAACUAGGAAAUAAAUAUGCUGAAGAAAAGGAUGAGCCCAAAAAAAUAAAUAAAAAAUUUGAUGAGCAAAAUGAAGUAUGUAGUGAAAAUAUUCGCACCAGUGCAGACUCAUCAGCAAGUUCAUACUAUUGCAGUAGUAUUCAUAGCACAGACAUAGAAAAUAUGAACAUAAUUCGAAGAGAUAAAAAUAGUGGAAAUUUUAAUUGUAACUAUUUUUAUAAAGAUAAAAAAUAUGUGGAAAAUAUUUUAACAAAAAAGAGUUCCGUUGAAUUUGUUUUUAUCAUUUUAUAUAUACUGAAUAAUAUGUUUCAAAUUAGUAAAUAUAAUUUAUAUUUUUUCAAUAUGCCACCAAAUUGUAAGGAUAGUAGAGAAAAAGGAAAUGAAAAUAUUUGUAAUACAGAUAAAAGUAAAAAAACAACCGAAGAUAUGAACAUGCCGAAUGAUAAAAAUGAAAUGAUCACUAUGGUUACAACUUUGAAUGAAGAAAAUAAAAAUAUUUUGAAAAAAGAACUGACAAAUAAACAAAUACCAAAGAAUAAUUUUUAUGAUGUAAGUUCAUCAGAUGAAUCAUCAUCGGUUUGUAGUAUGAAUCGUUGUAUAAAUAAUGAUAUAAAUUUAGUUGUCUCAUUGAAAGUUGAAGGGAAUAGUACAGUAGAUAAUAGUAAAGACAUAUUGGGUAAUAAACAUAAUAGCAAUAUUAAUGAGUUUGAAAAGGAUGAAGAUAGUUUGUAUAAAUCUAGUUAUAAUAAAUGUGAUGGCCAAGAUAGUGAAAAAUUAAUUGGUUCCGAAAUAAAAGAAGGAAAUAAUUUAAAUAGGAAUUUCAAAGAAUUAAGUAAAAAUGAAAGAGAUGAAUAUGAAGAAGUUAUAUGGAAAGAAAAUAAAACUAGAAAGUCUGAAAUAAAAAAUAGUGAAAUAAACGAUGGUUAUACAGAAGUUUAUGAGGAAAGUCAGUUACCAAAUUUGUCACGUGAUGAUACUGAAAAUGGGAGUAAAAAUAUGUCUGAAAAAUGUGCGUUAAAAAAUGAUCUCACCAAUUUGAAUAAUAACAUUGGGGAGAGUAUAGACAAUUCUAAGGAGACAAAGAAGGUAAAUAAAAAUAAGAAGGAAGUUAGAGAAAUAUACAAAAAUUUACAAAAUGAAAUGUAUAAGGAUGUAGAAAAAAUGUUUAUUAAAAAAAAACGAAAAGAAACUAAACAUAAAUUAAUACAUUAUUUUUAUUUAAGUAAAUUUCUUAGUAUAUUUGAAACAGUAUUUUUAAAAAAUUUUGAAAAUAUAAUAUAUCAUGAAAAGGUUAUUGAAAAUGUAUAUAUUAAUAUGUUUAUUUGUAUUGAUAUAAUAAAUAAGGAGAUGGGUAAAAAUAUUUCAUUAAAAUAUAUUUUUUUUCCAUCCCAAUAUUUAGAAAAUAUGAACAAAAUGAAAAUUGUUGCACAUUUCUCGUCAGAUAACAAAUUUUAUUUAUUUUCAAAUCAAGAAAAUCGAAAAAAUAAUAAUCCAAAAAAAUAUGAUGAGACAGAUAAAGAUGAAAAUUUUAGGAAAGACAAUCAAAAUGAAAAAAUAAAUAUAGAGCCAGUUUCUAAAUCUAUAAAUGAAGGUGAAAAUGAAGAAGAUAGAAAAAAUCAGAAUGAUCUCGAUAGUAAUAAGAAAGAUGAAAUUAAAGGAGGGAAUGAAAAGAAUAAAAAAUGGAGUUGUGAAAUUCGUUAUGUGAAAAAUGGUGAAAGUGUAGAAAAAGAUAAAGUAAAAAUAAAUGGAAAUGAGAAUAAAGAAAUGGAUGGACAUAAAUAUAAAAAAAAAAUGAAAAAAUUAUUUUUAAAAAUAUUUCGAAAAAAUAAUAGAAAAUAUAAUAUUUAUAAAAAAAUAGAUGAUAAAUAUUUAAAGGAGCAUUAUAAUUAUUUUGAAAGUUUUUGUUGUAAGGAGAAAGAAAAAAUGGAAAAAGAUAUUUUAUUAAAUUUACAUGGGAUUACAAAAAAUAUAUUAUUAAAAAUAUAUAAAAGAGUUAAUAAAUAUUUAAAUAUUGCAAUUUUAUCUUUAAAUAUAUUAGCACAUAUAUUAUAUUUAAUUCCUAAGAAAUUAUUAUAUAUGUCUAUAAUACCAUGGAUAUUAAAUAAUACAAUAAAUGUAAAAUGUUGUUAUACUUAUGUGAAUAUACCUUUAUGUAUUUUAAAUUAUAAUGGGUUUAUAUUUUUAGAAACAUUAAUGAAAUUAAUUAUUCAAAUGAUUCGGAAUAAUAUACUAUCAAUUAAAUCAUAUAUUUUUUCAUUUCUUCGUUUGUGUUCUUUUCCGUUAUAUAUUUAUAUACACUUUGAUAUCCCAUUGUCUCAUAAUCUUAUUGUAACAUCUUUGUGUUUAAUAUAUAAUUUAAUUACUUAUGAUCCUGAUUAUUUGGCAACGGGAUUGAUUAUCGAAAAAGAAUUUCAGAAUGAAGGCUCAUCUGUUUUCUUCACCAAAGACAUUGAAGUAGGAUGUAAUAAUGAAGCUGAUAAUAGUGAUAUUAAAAAUGGGGCUAAAAAAAGAAUAAAUUUUCAGACAGAACAUUUUAGCAAUAACAUGGUUAGUUCAUUUGGAAAUAUGAUGAAUGGAUUGUUUAAAAGUAUGAGUGGCUCAUCUCGAAAUUGUGAAUCUACUAAUAAUGAGGGAUCUGUAAAAUGCGGAUUUAAUACAAAUAAAAGUUCUGAAAAAGAAAGAAAAAAUGAAAAAAUGGAAGGGAAAGAAAGUUAUGAUUAUGUUAGUGGAAAAAGAAAUGAACUAUUAGAGAAAACAUUUUUAAAGACACUUUUUUUAUUUUUAAAAAAAUUUAUUUAUUUUAAAAGCAUUUUGAAUUGUGCUAAUAUAAAUGAUGUAGAGGAAAUGGUGAUAGAUAGUAAAAGAGUUCAAGACAUUUUAAAUAAUUGGAAUUUAAAUAAUAAAGAUGUAAAAAUUAUGAGCAAUGAAAAUAAUGCUUCUAAUAUUGAAAAGAAAAUACUUUAUUUACAUGAUAAUUUAAUUAUAUAUGCUAAGGAAAGCAAAACUAACUCAGAUACUGUUAAGGAUAUAAAAACAUGUUAUAAUAUAAGAAAACGUUAUAAAAACCAGAAUAAUACAACUAGCAAUUAUUCAUAUGAAUAUAUGACAUCCAAUAAUCAAGAAGCACAAAAACUUAGUAUUUAUGCUCAUUCGAUAAUUUCUAUACUUUUGUUUUUAUCAUCUCAUCAUAAUUUAUGGGAAUCUUUGUCUCCUCAUAUUCCGUUGUUAGUUCAUAUGGCACUGAUUCGGACCGACAUCAGCUCGUCCUUGUGGGUAAUACUAAAAGAAUAUUACUUUCGAAAUUUCAUGAGACAAAAAAGGAGUCCCAAAAAAUGUAAGAAAUAUUAUAACUCGAAAGUUGUGAGAAUAGAAAAAGUAAAGUGA